GCGAGAGACGGCUACCAAAGCCGCCGAAUCACUCAUAGGCUACUCGGAACCGGAGGAGAGACAUUUCAGCAGCCGGCCAGCAUCUGAGCUGGACGCUGUGGCGGAGGCGAAGAGGGAAAAGAAAAGGACAGGAGAAGGUUUAAAGCCUUACUCUGGAAUGAGUUGAAAUGAAAGUCCAAUAGCACACCACUACAAGUUAUAUCUUCCUCUGAAACCUACGCUUGGAGAUACACCCUGACCUCACUUGAAGCACAACGCAAAGGCUAACAAGUGUUCCGUACAGUUUUCAGUUACAACGGGUUUUGAUAAUUCACUGUAUCUGGCUGCAAUGUAUCGAUCAACUAAGGGAGCGUCCAAGGCUCGAAGGGACCAAAUCAACGCAGAGAUUCGGAACCUGAAGGACUUGCUGCCUAUCACAGAUGCGGACAAAGCAAGACUUUCAUACCUCCACAUCAUGUCGCUUGCCUGCAUGUACACCAGGAAAUCUGUCUUCUUCUCACAAGAAUCGGGAACUGCUGGCAGUGUCGAGGAAAGCGCGAGGUUUCUGUCUUUCCAUGAGCUGUCGGAGUUGGUGCAGGAGCUGCCGGGAUUUCUGCUCCUGUUAAGCGGGGAAGGGAAGCUCCUGUACCUGUCGGACAGCGUCUCCGAGCACCUCGGACACUCGAUGGUGGAUCUGGUUGCCCAAGGUGACAGUGUGUAUGAUAUCAUUGAUCAGACGGACCACUUAACCAUGAGGACCAACCUUGCAACUCCCACUUCACCUGAGACAGAUCGUCUGUUCCGUUGUCGUUUCAACACCUCCAAGUCUGUGCGCAGGCAGAGUGCUGGGAACAAGCUGGUUCUGAUCCGGGCCCGCUGCCUGUCUUCUCCUUCCUCCGCUGCCACCUCCAGCUCCUACUGGACCUCCAACCCUGUCUGGGUGUGCUUCUGUUCCCCUCUGGAGCCCCUUCCAGCCCGGUCCAGCCCUGGGGGAGAGAGGGACCCCGCUUCCAGCCCUCCCCCUGUUGAGAGCAACUUCCUUCUAGCCUGCUUCCAGUCCGCACAUGGUCGCGACAUGAGGCUGCAGAGCGCACACGACAGUGUGAGUACGUACCUGGGCUUCGAUGUGCCUGCCCUGCGUUCACGCUCCUGGUACAGCCUGGUCCACCCUCAGGACCUGUCCCACGCCUCGGCCCAGCACUGCAGUCUGUUGAGAGAGGGAGGCGAGGGCAGGGCUGAGAUGGUGGUGCGUGUGGAGGCGGAGGACCACUCCUGGGUCUGGCUCUACAUGGUGCUUCAGCUGGAGGAAGGAGACUGCCCCAUCAGCAGCAACAACUUUGUCAUCAGCGAAGCGGAGGCGUGGUCUGUGCGUCAGCAGCUGAGCUCUGAGCAGACCCAGCUGACCCUGGUUCUGAGCACCAGCACCGGACAGGACAGCCUGGGCCUGCAGUCCCCCGACACCCUCUCCAGCCCAGACCAGGUGUUCACGCCCAGCAGCAGCGGCCUGUCCGCCCAGUCCUUUGACUUCAGCACAGCUGGCUGCAGCGUGGGCUCAUCCGACGAGCCAGGGGGCACCAGUGUGGAGCCCAUGCAGCUGGAGCGCGAUCCCCGUUCCAGCAUUUCCUCCCUGGAGGAGGACACCUUUUUCCAGCAGCAGCAGCAGCAGAAGAAGAGUUCUGACCCCGCCGAAAGCCCCUCUGUCGCCUCCUCCCCUACCCCGGUUACUGUUGCCACUGUGGCAGAUUUGGACUUCCUUACCCAGAACAUUCUUCUGCCCCCUUCGUUCCAGCUCGACCCCCCACUGCCUUUACUGCCCCUCCCCCUCCCACCACUGCCCUCCUCCCAGGUCCAGCAGUCCAAAGAGUUUGUGUGCACGCCCCCCUACACGCCCCAGCUGGGGUCGGGCUCCAGCUUCCUGUUUGGCGAGCCCCUCUUCAGCUUUGACCCCACUGGCACCACCACUCCCCCGCCUUCCACAACCACAGCCACCUCCACCACGUCCAUCGCCCACUCCGUCUCCCCUUCUGCCCCUCCCACCACCGCCUCCAGCCCUGUUCCCCCUACCAGCUUAUCCACCCUGCUGCCCCUGGCCCUGCCCAUCCCCUCCACCGAUCUGCUCUUCCCUGUAGAGCCCUGUAGUGGCCUCUAUGAAAAGUUGCCCCCUACCCCUGAUAGCCCUGGAGAUGGGGACUGCACAGUGAUGACCCUGCCUGAGGUCCGGGGGCCCCUGUAUGUAGACGUACCUCUAGGGCCCCUCCAGUACCCCCCUGAGGGCCUCCUCACCCCCGAGGCUUCCCCCGGUAAACAGCCCUGCCUCUCUUUCUUCUACCUGGAGAGAGAGAGGGAGAAGGAGAGGGCUGAGAUCUCUCUCCUAGCUCAGCACAUCAGCUCCCUAGCAGAGGGAUUCUACCUGGACCCUCUCUUAUCCAAGCUGUCUCCGCCUUCCAUGUCUCCCUCCUCCUCCCCUUCCUCCCCCACCACAGACUCCUCUGGCGUUGAGUCAGUUCACAUGCUAGGGGAGUUUUACCCCAUCAAGGCAUGGAGAGGCCUGGACUUCCCAAUAUUCCCCGAUGACGAUGACUCUCUGUUUGAAGAGAGCAUCUUAGAAACCCUUCUUGAGGACUUCACCUCCUCUCCACCCCUCUCCCCCAGCCUCACCUCCCCCUCUCCCUCCUCUACCCCUAUGCCCUCUCCCUCCCUCACCGUGUGCUGGCAGCCACCCUCCAACUUUGAGGGAUUCAGCCACUUCUAUAGCGUCCAAUCGGCGCACUCUAAUUCCAGGGCCGGGCGCGGGGCGGCCGUGGUUGGCGAGGUAGGCGCGAUGGUGGCAGAGGGAGAGGGGCUGGUAGAGGAGGCCAUGGAGAUUGAGGUGGUGGUGUCAUCACCCCUGUCCUCCUGCUCCUCUAUCCCAGAAUCCCCUCCCCUGAUCCUCACCGCCUCCCCCUACUCCUCACCUGCCCCCACCACACCCGUCACCCCGCCCGCGCCUGCGGUGUCUUACGCCCAGUCCCUCCUGGAGGAACUGGCCGUCCUGGAACCCAUGUUUGGGGCAGGUGCCUCGAUCGCCCCCGGCCUGGGGCAACAACCUGAGUUGUAUCAACUCCAGUGUCAUCCGUCGCCACAGUGCUUCCACAAUGAUGGGAGUGGAAGUGUUCCUCCGUUCUAAAAUAAGUCUGUGACUUACUUCAUUAAGUAUGGCAUAUUGUCAUAUUUCGUGGAGCCAACUUUUACUGAAAAGUGAAAAAUAUCAAAGUGUAUAAAUAUAUACAUAAUGUAUAUACAACUAAAGGACUUUAAUUCCUUCAUGUCUACUGAGAACAAAGAUUGACUUAAUAUUUUUGUUCGUUCAUUAUUCCAUGUACUAAUAUUUAAAAUAUGGUGCAACAUUUUCAUGAUGGUGCAAUAUUACUCUAACUACAUGGACCCAUCACUGACUGGGUGUUGAGUCCAUGUGGUGCCUGCCAGCUUUGCUGUAACCUGAGCUUCAGAACUUAUCAAACAGAGACCAUAACAAACUCUUAAACGUUUAAAGCGCCGUUUAACUUUCAGACGCGUAUCUGUAUUCACUCGUAGUGAAAAAACUGUUGUGAUAAAAAAAAUAUACAUUCCUUCAUAUCUUAAUAAGGAAAUAACUUCUGCUUGUAAUGCAGCUCUGCAAACCCAAACCGCAAAUGUGUUCAAGUCUAUGUUUACAAAUAUUUCUACUACUACUACUAACAAGAGCUAACAGUGAUUCACUAAAGGAAAAAUAUUUUUUCCCCUCAACACCCCUCAAUUUAAUCUCCAGAAAAAGUCUGAUUCCAAGUCCUCUUCUCCUUGACAGCACCUUAAAGGCCACGUCAAAUGCACAGUCAGUCUCCUAAUCAACCCUUUCAGACACUUUGGGCUUUGAGUUUGCGGCUGCUGCUUAGACAUUUGACUUCAUGUUUAUCUCUCCAUUACAAUCUCGUGUAUCAAUGUGAUGUGCAAAACAAUACAAUACAAAACAUGUUAAAGAGGUCCUGGAUCGUGCUUCAAGAACAAAGAAAGAAGAUUUCCCUGCCUUUGACAAGAAGGUAUAACUAAAUGGAGAUCGUCUGGAAGUGAACACCACCUGUGAGGGUUUCUGUGUGCUGAGAUGCCACAGGUCCACCGUGUAGUACUGUACAUUAGGCUCUGAAUGUGGGUUCUUCAGGUCAGCUCUGGCCUGGCUUGAGGAGGCUGGAUUCUCUCGCAGCAUCAAUAUUUGCAAUGCUGGCAGCUUAUAGCAGCUCCUGUGUGCCUAGCACAGUCAUGACCUGCUGAACUCUGAACUCUUGUCUAUCCACGUCCAUCCCUGAAUGGACGGUCACAUCGCUGCUCCCCAGGGGCACAGUGAUGUAAGGAGGCACAACUGACUAUGUGAAUGAGUGAUUCUUCUUUUUUGAGAGGGGUUAAACAUAAGGACGUUUUGUUUUAAAAAAUGAAAAGAGGGACGGGGUGCUAUUUCUAUUCAGUUAUUAAGCGACACGGGAUGAGAAUGGUACUAUUCCCAUGGUGUCGACACGCUAACGUAGAGUUGUCUACGGUCAAGUAAAAGGAUUGAUUCCUACGUUAUAGCUAUUACAAUGCUAAGUUAACAUAUGUGUAAAAGUAUUGUUUCUGUGAUAUUGAAAAAAGUAUUGGGGUGUUCAAUGCAUAUGCACUAUGUCUGUGGAUAUUUACAUAUGCUUUUUUUGGCGAAGGUUGUACACAUUUGUACAUUUGUACGAAUCAAACAGUCUGUACAUACGAAAUACAUUUUUAUUGUAGAAGAUGGAAUAUAUACAUGAUAUAUUACCGAAGAAUGGACAUUGUGGAUCAGUGUUCUCUUGUGUUGCUUAUAAGUGUAUUUGAUUGUCAAACAAAUGCAUUUAUAUUAAAG